GAAAAUUCGUUCGGUGUGAUCUGAGUGUGAUUGGUUUCGUCUGGGUGGAAAAGUUUUGCUUCUGGUUGGAGGCUAGGAUUCAGUAAAACAAGCAGGGUCACCUUUACUUUUUGCUUUUACUGCAGAUUUUGCUAUUUAACCCGUGAUAGGUUUAUUUGUAGUAGUACGUGGGUGUUUUUCUGCCGUCCAUGUUUCCGUUUCCAGCCAGAUGAUGACAGUGAGGGUGUUGCUGUAGCUGUGCAGAGAUAAGAGAUAAACUCCAGCAUAUGUUGGCUAAACGCGGCUGUCAGGCGCAGAUAACACAGACAAUAACGGUCCACUAAACCUGAAAAUGUGCAUUAAGACGCCCCACUAUGGCUCGAAUAUGGAUACGGAACGCUGACCUGACUGCCGUCUGCUCGGAGGGUUGCUAAGGCUAAUGUGUCUCCACUCGUGGACUUUAUCGGGAAGCACUGGCUGGACGCGCAGGAAAAUACUCACAUUUCUUUGACGCUACGUUGUUUUAUUGAUAACAGCUUGGAUGAUGCGGCUUUUAUUUCGCGGGGUGUCCAAGCUAACACAGCCCGUCGUGCUGUGGCUGGAGCACCGCCCGGCUCUCUCCGCCACGCUGCGGAGCAACACUAACCAGGCGUACCCGCUGCCACCUGCACGCCACGCGCUCCUGCUCUACAGCCCGCGCGCACCUGUCCGUCCUCACGUGCGUUCCCUGACGAGUCGAGCACGGACGGCCGCACCGGACCAGACUCUGAAGAUCCAGUCGGACCCGAACAGCAGCCAGAGUCCGACCACAGUCCCCCUGGAAGAUGCGAAACGGAUCCUGCGUUUUGCUCGCUCGGAGAGAUGGAGGCUGGCAGGAGCUGUCGGUUUCCUCGCUGUCUCCAGCGCAGUAACCAUGUCGGCACCAUUCCUCCUGGGUCGUGUGAUUGACACCAUUUACAGUGCUGGAACAGACAUCGAGACAAUGACUGCUUCACUGAAAUCACUGUGCAUCCUCCUGAUGGGAGUGUUUCUUUGUGGCGGAGCAGCCAAUGCUGCAAGAGUCUACCUCAUGCAGACUUCAGGACAACAGAUUGUUCGGAAUCUCCGUGCCGCUGUCUUCUCUUCUAUACUUAGACAGGAAGUAGCAUUUUUUGACAAGAAUAGGACUGGAGAGCUCAUCAACCGCCUCUCUGCUGACACAGCUGUGGUGGGUCGUUCAGUCACCCUCAACCUGUCGGACGGCCUGAGAGCUGUGGCUCAGGCAGGUGGUGGUGUCAGCAUGAUGUUCUACGUCUCCCCCAGUCUGGCCAGCUUUGUCCUGCUGAUUGUACUCCCUGUGGCCUGUCUUGCGGUGCUUUAUGGCAGAUACCUACGCAACAUCUCCAGGCACACACAGGACACACUGGCACACGCCACACAGUUGGCAGAAGAGAGAAUUAGCAACAUUCGGACAGUCAGAGCCUUUGGUAAAGAAGUGUCAGAAGUCAACAGAUACACCCAGAAAACCGAUGAGGUCCUCAGCCUGGCGAGAAAGGAGGCUGUUCUGAGAGCCGGCUUUUUUGGAGCAACUGGCCUCAGUGGUAACAUCAUGGUCUUGUCUGUCCUGUACAAAGGAGGCCUUCUGAUGGCCAACCAGCACAUGACCGCAGGAGAACUCUCCUCCUUUCUCAUGUACACCUUCUGGGUGGGGCUCAGUGUUUCAGGUAUGAGUUCAUUCUACUCUGAGCUGAUGAAGGGUUUCGGAGCAGGAGCCAGACUUUGGGAGUUGCUGGACAGAGUACCCGAGCUCCCUCUCAAUGAAGGCCUAAUCCUUCCUCCAGACAACUUGAAGGGCCAGCUGGAGUUCUGUGAUGUUUCAUUUGCUUACCCGACCCGUAAGGAAACUCCUAUUUUCCAGAAUCUCAAUCUCUUGGUUCCAGCUGGUUCUGUCAUGGCCGUGGUGGGAGCCAGUGGUACAGGAAAAUCAACACUUGUGUCACUGCUUCUCAGGCUCUAUGACCCUGAUACUGGUGUCAUCACUAUAGACGGCCAUAACAUCAGAGAUCUAAAUUCCUCUUGGCUUAGGAGUAACAUUGGAACUGUCAGUCAGGAGCCGGUGCUGUUCUCCUGCUCCAUUAGAGAUAACAUUGCAUACGGUGCAGCAAACCCAGAGGCUGUGACUGCAGACGACAUCUACAGAGCAGCCAGAGUGGCCAACGCUUAUGACUUUGUACAAGCUUUUCCUAAGGGCUUUGAUACUGUGGUUGGGGAGAAAGGAGUGCUGCUAUCAGGUGGUCAGAAGCAGAGGAUUGCCAUUGCCCGAGCUCUGCUGAAGAAUCCUAAAAUCCUACUUUUGGACGAAGCUACCAGUGCACUGGAUACAGAGAAUGAGUUUCUGGUUCAGGAGGCUUUAGAGCAUCUCAUGGAAGGUCGCACAGUUGUGAUCAUCGCUCACCGUCUCUCCACCAUUCAGAACGCCAACGCUGUGGCUGUACUCGACCAGCGUCAUGUAGCCGAGUGCGGCCAACACACAGAACUAUUGGGCAACAGGCAAGGACUGUUCCGAAAACUGAUGGAAAAACAGGCUUUUCUGCAGGAAGAACAAAAACGAGCCCUUCGCUGAGAGGACAGGCAGUGCAGAUAGCGGAGGUCACUGAUUUAUUCUGGGGAGGGGCAGGGGUCCAUGUAGCCAGAGGAGAAAGUAGGAACAAAAAAGUCUGGAAUCAGUAGUGAUGAAGCCAAAGAAAACAGAAGGUGGUAAGUGCCCACUUUUACUGCUGUAAACACACACGCAUAUUAAAACCACAGUGUAGACAUGAGAGUGGACACAUGGAUAAAUAAAAGAGGUUAUUUAUUUGUU